AUGGAACGAAAGCAAGUUUUAUCAGUAAUUGCUGCUGUGUUUGACACUCUAUUAUUUGGUGGAAUAAUAUUCGGUUGGCCUUCCCUGGAUUUCGUGCUAAAGCGAGAGGGUUAUUUUUCUUCUAAAUGUGAAAUAGAAACCGCUGAUUUAAAGAACGACACAGCUGUAGCUUCCUCCGAGAAAAUCUUGAAUUGUCCUAGUCAAGAUAUUGCACUUAGCCUGGUCUACACGUUAUCCUCCACGCUUGGCGGUAUAUCUUCUUUCCCACUCGGUUAUCUGUUUGAUCGUUUCGGAACUUGGAAAUUUCGAUCAUGCGGUAUCUUAAUAUCAAUCCUUGCGUGUGUGGCUGUUGCUUGCUCGAACAAACAAAGUUCGUUGGUGUUAUACAUAGCAAUGCCAAUCCUCGCAGUAGGUGGAUUUACAAUUAUCAUUUCUAAUGCCCCGAUCGGAUACUUUUGCGUAGCAGCGCAAGCAACAGUAAUUUCAAUCAUCUAUGGUGCGUUUGAUUCUUCAGCAGCGGUGAUGGUGGUCAUGAAGUCAGCUUACGAGUUGGGAGCAACCGUACCUGAAAUAUUUACUGUCUAUGGCGCUUUGUUACUCCUCUCACUUGUUUACACAUUCGUGCUCAUGCCAAGAAUGCAUGUUUCAUUCAACGUACCAGAUGGUUACCAGUACGGUCUCACAGAAUGUUUUUUCUCUAACAACACAAUCUCUACACCACCAAACGGAAUUCAAAACAAAACAGAAAACAAUGGUUCCGGGAACUCGGAAUCUAUUUCCAUCCUAACUAACGACAUUAAUAAACAGAAAACGUUCUCUUCAUCUCUUAAAGAUAUUUCAUAUUGGCUUAACGUGACGUACAUAUCUAUCCUACAACUUCGACUAUACUUUUUUUUCGCCACAUUUAAUCAAUGGCUAUCGAAACUGACAAGUAACCACCCAGAACAAAGAAAAUACGUUGCUGCAUUUGGCUAUAUUCAACUUACUGGGGUAUUACUCGGGCCUUUUGGUGGGUUGUUGACUGACAUGAUGAUAAAGUAUUUUCGGAAGUCUUCCACAUUUUCGGAACAAGCUGUACGGAAACGAGCUAUAUCCAUCACGAUCGGCUGCACCUGUUUAAUGGCAACUAUCUUCUCUGUACUUGUUCUGAUUCCCGUUUUAGAAAUCCAGUACAUCACAUUUGUCAUACAGAACAUUGCCCGUACUUUUUUGUUCUCCGGAAAUGGCGUAUUUAUUGCCACCACAUUUCCAAGCGAACAUUUUGGAAAACUUCAGGGCAUUAGCUUAGGCAUUGCGUCAAUGGUAUCACUCUUAAACUACCCCAUAAAUAUUUUAGUUGUAAAAGUUUUUGGUGGUAAUUUUAUGGUUGUGGACUUGGUGUUCUUAGGUCUGUGUGUUUUAACGUUCGUGAAUCCUGUAGUUUUGUUUCUUCGAAGUAAAAAAUCUAUCUAA